AUGAGCACAGAUCUGGAGCGCCUGUCUUUGAACUCUUCCUCGGGUAACUCUGUGGCGUCCAGUGCGCGCACCUUGUCAGCCAACGUUAAGAAGCUUCACAACGCGCUCAACCUGCUGCUCAGUGACUUCGAGCGAGAGCAGUUUAUCCACUGCCUCAACGUGUACCACUCCAAGCGCAAUGUCUACGAUUUGGUCCAAACGCUCAAAGUCAUACUCAAUGUCCCGAGUAAGCGGCAGCUUUUGCCCAUGCUGCGGCUUGUCAUCCCGCGCUCGGAUCAGCUUCUCUUCGAUCAAUACACUUCAGAGGGUCUCUACCUAAAAUCCGACGCUCUUGCGCCAAAUGGUGACCCGGAAGGUGCCCACGAUGCAGCUAAUUCGAGUCCAACACACGGUGCUCGUUUCUCGGCCCAUUCGACGUCUCAGGUCGCGCUGCGCGGGUCACCAGACAACAUCAGCACCAGCAGCGAUGGGACAACGACGCUUAUUCCUCUUCUUGGCAGAAAUUUCUUACCGGAGCCGCCCGGAGAGAUCCGACAGGUUAUCCUCAAACGGCACAAAAGCAACGAGGGUUUGGGAUUUAGCAUUCGCGGAGGCUCCGAGCACGGGGUCGGGAUCUACGUGUCACUGGUGGAACCGGGUUCGCUUGCGGAAAAAGAGGGUUUGCGAAUAGGAGAUCAGAUUAUGAAAGUUAACGACAAAGUGUUUGAUCGGGUCACACACGCAGAGGCAGUUAAGGUGCUGAAGGGAAGCAAAAAGCUCUGCAUGUCGGUGCGAUCCGUUGGGCGGAUUCCUGGGGGCUAUGUCACAAAUCACGUCUACACUUGGGUUGAUCCGCUGGGCCGCAGCGUGUCACCACCUCCUGACCUGCUGGAGGAGCAUCGCAGCGCCACACUGCGCCGGUCCAACAGUCAGGGUCGCAGCCACAUGCAGCUUCUGCAGGACGGAGAUGAGAAGAAGGUGAAUCUGGUGUUGGAUGAUGGCCGUUCUUUGGGUCUUAUGAUUCGUGGGGGGGCCGAAUAUUCUUUGGGCAUCUACAUCACAGGAGUGGACCGGGGGUCUGCCGCAGAGUGCGGGGGGCUGAAGGUGGGGGAUCAGAUUCUGGAAGUGAACGGACGGAGUUUCCUGGGCAUCCCACACGAUGAGGCCGUGCGAGUGCUGAAGUCUUCUCACCAUCUGAUGAUGACGGUAAAGGAUGUCGGGCGACUGCCGCAUGCCCGCACCGUGGUGGGCGAGACCAAGUGGAUUGCCAGCUCACAGAUCACAGAGAGCUCUGCCAGCAGCAGUGUUACAGGACUGUCCCUGGACCAGGGAGCGUCAGCGUCAGGAAAGGCUGGUUUUUAUAAAGGUGUGGCAGGUUCUCAGGUCACUCUGUCCAGUUUGGUGAACCAGAGCCGGGCGAUGCUGGAGGAACAGGCCAGACAUCUGCUGACCGAACCGGAGAGGCAGACGAUGGGUUACUAUAUCCAGGAGUAUCGAGACGGUCACAUCGGGGUUGAGCAGCUCGUACUGGCACUCUUUGAAUUAUUCAAUACACACGCCAAGUUUUCUCUUCUGUCUGAAGUGAGGGGGAUUGUGACCCCUCAGGAUGUGGAGAAGUUCGAUGGGCUGGUCCUGAGACGAGAGAUUGAAGCUCUGAAAGCGAGACAGGGGGGAGCAGGCUUCCAUGACUCAUUCUCGAUGGUGUCUUACCCCGACACUCUGGCCUCCUCCUCAGCCAGUUUUAUGACCAACACGACCCUCAGCUCCGCAAGGGAAAGACUGCUCUGGCUCAUAGACAUGAUGGAGAGCGACGGUACGGCGGAGAACAACGGGGAACAGUCUGUGGAGGAGAGCAACGCCCUGCCUGACGUGUCUCUGGAUGAGGUACAGUCCAUCUUAGAUUCCCCUCCCUCCUUUAAACCACCUCCUCCCCCAGGGGUCCCACGGCGUCCCAGUCGAAAGGCCACGCUUAGUAAACGGCCAUCUUCCACCUCGUCCCAAUCUGGCUUAUACUUCACCGCCCCUUCCCGCACCCUGACCAAAGAUCUAAAGCACCCCAAACCACCUAAACAUCACAGUUCUCCCCCUGAAGCCCCCAAAAUAGACAUCCCGGUACCUCAGCUGUCAAUGGUUAGUCAGCAUCCUAUCGGACCUUUCCCUCGUGUCCAGUCUCCUAGCAAAGUAAAACAAUCUAUCCGAACUCAGUCGGUUCCACCACCUGCCCCAAGUGUUCCCGCACCCCCCGGACCCCCACCCCCAUUCCCCGAUAAACCCGCCCCUUCCUCUCCAGCAUCCAAUCAGCAUUUUGUAAUGGUGGAAGUACACAGGCCAAAUGCAGAGCCGGAUGUGAAUGAGGUGCGACCGCUGCCACAGGCUCGAGGAGGAGCAUUAUCUCAGCUCUCAGACAACGGACAGACACUUAGUGAAGACAGCGGUGUGGACAUCGCCGAAUCUGGACGUGUUAGUAAGGACAGCAGCCCACGUCCAGCUCGCACCAGAAACCAACGGGAUGGACGAGAAACAUCCGCCAAACCGCCUGGUAUGUUGGAACCGACCUCUGCUCUCGUGCGAGUGGCAAAAAGUGCCAGUACAUUGGGCAUUGCAAUAGAAGGCGGAGCAAACACACGUCAACCUCUUCCCCGCAUUGUUACCAUACAGAGAGGUGGUUCCGCCCAUAACUCUGGACAACUGAAGGUGGGCCAAGUAAUCCUAGAGGUAAAUGGAGUGUCACUUCGAGGAAAGGAACAUCGGGAGGCUGCACGUCUCAUUGCCGAGGCCUUUAAAACCAAAGAGAAAGACUACAUUGACUUCUUGAUCACAGAGUUAAAUGUGGCUCUAUAGGACCCACGAUCCCCGUGAUGCUCUCCUCCUGUAUCAUUAAAGAGCUCCGGGACCCAGCGACAUGUCUUGCCAUGAUUAAUCCCAGAAUCCUGUUACGAUAUAGACUUCCAGUCAUCUUCCUCCGUGAUGUUUGACAGCAUACAGCGUUGGAAAGGCCAUCCUGCGUGAAACAACCCCUGUUGACCUUUCAGACUGCAAAUGCCAGGACAGAGCAAAAGUUCAGUUUUUUCUGGCCAGUUUGUUCUAAAAGAUGGAUUCAUCUUUCCAGUUUAUUCUUUAUCAGCCACUGAAAUUUAAUGACAUUUGUUCAGCUGACUGCAAUACGGCGAGAUAUGAAGCUUUGAUCUUUUGACAUGCGGGGAACAGAUCCAAC